AUGCGUGAUAUUUCGGCUUACUUUAUUGAACAAGGAAAAGGAUAUUUGAUAUGUAAUGAUCCAAAUAAUGCAUUGAAAUACUUUAAACAUGCUUGGAAUCUUGAAACACGAGCAAAUGAAAAAGAUAAAGUGCCACCAAACACAAAAAGCAAAGAAAAACAUGUUGUUCAAAAAGAUUGUCGCACUCGUCUAAAUUUAUUAGAAGGCGAAAAUGGACUUAUUCGUCAAGCUGAAAAGGCUUUAGACAAAUAA